AUUCGCUCUACGGACCCCAGAUAAACUUUCUACCGACAGCUUCUCAUCAAAGCAUGCAUCUAGCUCGCUAUGGGUCCGCGUAGCGGUUUCGAAGAAAUCACCGUGAAACCUCUGGGCCACCAGAGCGGACGCGAUCGUUACCCGAGGAAGUAUGUGGAGGAUAAUGAUAUAGAGAUCCCACGAUGUGCGGCGUGGGGUAUGAAUCUUACUGCGCUUUCGCAGGUAUAUAAUAUGUACAUCGUUGCCUAUGGCCCCCAAAUCCACAUCUACAAACCCACCGGCCCCCAACAACUCCUCACCACCGAACCCCUCCUCAUCCUCGACCUACCCUCCACCCCCGAAGCCGACGCCCUCCGCGACAAAGACGCCUACAGCACGCACAGCAUCAACCAUCUCAUAGUCGGCAACCUCGGCACCCGCGAGAUCAUCCUCUGCGCCUGCGCCGACGGCGACGUCCUCGCAUACUACACCACGCCCGUUCACCGAGUCACGCUCACCCGUCCCUCCACACCUCCGUCCACUCCACCCUCCACCACCCCUCCUCUCGCACCGCCACAACCAACCCCCUUCUUCCACGAAAACGUCAGCAUUAGCGCCUGGGGCCUCGCAAUCCACUCCCAAUCGCGCCUUGUGGCAGUAAGCUCCAACAAGCAUGAGGUCCAAGUCUUCGCCUUCGCGCUCUCCUCCGCCCCUCCCUCCCCUUCGCGCCCUCCUUCGCCAUCCCUCUGCCGCCCUCUAUCCAACUUCCCACUGAUCUCUCCCCUUCCACCCUCCCCGCCAUCUCGCUGCGACAAUUUCCGACUGUGCUUACGGUUGGGGACGCGGGGUGAUAAUAUUCCGUCCAUCGCGUUCACGUCGACGCCCCAAGGGGACGCGGAUAGUAUCGUCGCAUCGGAUAUUAGAGGGGCGCUGUGGUUCCUCUCGCUUUGGGAUUGGGGAGUGCAGACGAGGAUCCCUACAUCACCGGGGGGCGUGAAUUGGCGGCGCGAACCUCAGGGGUGGGGUGUGCUUGUGCUGGACGACAAGUUUGGGCGCGGUGCGAAGGAGGUGGAAGAGGCGUUUGGAUGUACACCUGGGGACAGGGAGGGGGAAUGGGAUAUCAGCCGCUCGAUCGCCGAGAUUCGGGGGACGAGAGUUGGGGCGAGGGAGACUCCAGGAGAGUAUCCGGGGGGGUUUUUUGCGUGGGGGUAUGGGGCCGGAGGGGGGUUGGAUGUGGCGGAUGUGGAGGGGAUAGAUUUGGGGCUUUAUUGGGGGGAUUUGUUGGAUGUGGAUAAUAUGGACGAUGAAGAGUUUGAUGGGGAUGAGGAUAUGGGUGACGACCUUGAUGGUGGUGACGAUGAUGAUGAUGAUGAGGAAGAAAGCGACGAUUCCGCAACCAACUCACCCGCCGCGCAUCUUCCAGUUCCCGUCCCACCGCAUCAUCUCAUCCUCCAUCUCAACAGACACGCAUUAACACUGUACCCGCCAACCGGCAGAGCCACAUUCUGUUCCCCUCUACUGCGCCAGGAUGUUUCUCAUGCACCAGCGCAAUUCGCGCACCCUAUGGAGUUCUACAAUCGCCUGAACAUGGCUGUGCCAGUACCCGGUAUUAGUUGCGUAGUUAUAGGGUCGCAGGUGGGUAGGGUAGCUAUUAUGAGGAUUAUGAAGGGGGGCGUGAGGGAGGACCGGGGGGUUAGGGAAGGAAAUGGAGAUAAGAACGGGAAUGGAGGAAAUAGCGAGAAGGGGGGAAAGAAAGGGAAGGGAGGAAAGAAGGGCGAAAAUGGAGAAUCUAUACCCGCAACAACAAUGCGUAUCGAAACCAUCCUCCCCCUCGCUACCCAAGAAGGCCGUAACCGCGAGCGUCCCGCCACAGGCCUCCACGGCGUGGCCGUCUCGCCGAUGCCGGAGUGGUUACCUGGGAUGGAGGGCUCACCUAUUGGAAGAGGAAAUGGGGGGUCAGCGCGGAGGAGGAGGGGCGUGAAGAGGUGGCGGGUUAUGAUGCAGUAUUGGGAUUUAAGCGUGCUGAGUUAUGUGAUUAGUGAUGAGCGGGCGUUGGGGGCGGAGGACUUAUGA